AAAAAAAAAAAAAAAAAAAAAAAAAAAUUAAUCGAGUAACAAAAUGUGUUGUUGCUUAAUUAUACUGAUGUGCGCAUGCACCGUAAAUCUGAUGGGUAGGAUAAAAUGUCAGGACCCCGGACCUUUAUUUAGUCGGGUUGACGUACCUUUUCAGUUCCGUGUAUGUGAUGUGACGCUAGUUUUACUUAAAGUCAAAUGCUCAUGAACUGACUGUCAGAGCAGUUCUGGAGAUGUUGUUCAUGUGUUCAAGUCCUCAUUUAGUGAGACAGCAGACGCAGAAAUUACCGUGAGAGUAAUGCGCGCUUCAGUGUGUGUGUGAAAAAGGAAGUCGCGCUCCUGCUCCAUUCAUUAACAGAGACACACAGAACAUGCAGGAUUUACAUUUAAACACUGUUCCGUCUUAAUAUUUAGAGAUAUUAAUUCGUGAAUCGGAUGUAAGUGCAAUUACCUAUUUUGAUUAAUUCAUUCAAAAAAAAAAAAAAAAAAAAAAAAAAAAAAAAAAUUUUAUAUAUUCCUCCUUAAAUCAUGUUGUGUACUUGAAUAAUAGAAGCCUCUCAGUUAUCGUUUCUUCGGCCAAAGUAAGGGCCCUCCAGCCAUCGUUACAAUCUCCUUGCCUAUUUCAGCAUCGGACAGGGCUCUCCCUUCCGGUGCAGCUGGGCAGUGGCUCCCUUCGGUCGCAGUGUGAGCCUUUCAUCUGUCAUUGAGUUGCGCUGCGCGCUCAGCGGCAGAUGGGGGUAUCCCUCCCGGUGCAGCAGAGCCACAGGCCCCCUUCGGUCGUUGUGACAGCCCUCCAUCCGAUGCAUCAAAUUAAGCCGCUUAUACAGUCGCAAGGGGGACUCUCCCUUCCGGUGCAGCAGAGCCGCAGCUCCCUUCGGACGCAGCGAGAGUCCCUCCAUCAGUCGCGUUUUCUUGCCUACUCCGUAUCGGACGGGGCUCCCCUACCGGUGCAGCAGACCCACGGCUCCCUUCGGUCGCAGGGUGAACCCCCCGUCUGAGUUAUGUUGCAUGCUCAAGGGCGGAACGGGAUCUCCCUCCCGGGGGAACACAGCCGCUGGCUCCCUUCGGUCGCAGCAGGAGCCCUCCAUCCGAUGCAUCAAACCGUUCCUCGAAUCUUCUUGCCUAUUCUGCAUCUGAUGGGGCUCUCCCUUCCGGUGCAGCAGACCCACGGCUCCCUUCGGUCGCAGGGUGAACCCCCCGUCUGAGUUAUGUUGCAUGCUCAAGGGCGGAUAGGGUUCUCCCUCCCGGGGGAAUAGAGCUGCUGGCUCCCUUCGGUCGCAGUGAGAGCCCUCCAUCAGACGCAUCAAGCCAUGCCUCGCUUCGCAAGGGGGACUCGCCUUUCCGGUGCAGCAGAGCCGCAGCUCCCUUCGGACGCAGCAAAAGUCCCUCCAACAGUCGUAUUCUAGUUAGCGUCAAUCAGGGCUCUCCCCUCCGGGGCAGCACUCCUGCUGCAGAGUUGCGAACCCCCUACGGAGGCUGGGAGAACCCUCAGAGGCAAAAAACCGUGCCUCCAUAAACCCGCAAUGGGGGACUCCCCCUUCCGGUGCAGCAGAGCCGCAGCUCCCUUCGGAUGCAGCGGGAGUCCCUCCAACAGUCGCGUCUCUUUGCCUUCUCAGCAUCGGACUAGGGCUCCUCUUCCGGUGCAGCAGACCCACAGCUCCCUUCGGUCGCAGUGUGAACCCCCCAUCUGAGUUAUGUUGCAUGCUCCACGAUGGCUAGGGAUCUCCCUCCCGAUGGGGUACAGCCGCUGGCUCCCUUCGGUUGCAUUAGGAGCCCUUCAUCCGACGCGCCAAACCGCGGCUCGAAUCUCAUUGCCUAUUUAGCAUCUGACGGGGCUCUCCCUUCUGGUGCAGCAGACCCACGGCUCCCUUCGGUCGCAGUGUGAACCCCCCGUCCGAGUUAUGUUGCAUACUCUAUGGCGGCCAGGGAUCUCCCUCCCGAUGGGAUACAGUCGCUGGCUCCCUUCAGUCGCAGUGAGAGCCCUCCAUCAGAUGCAACAAACCGCGCCUCGUACUCAGCCGCAAGAGGGACUCUCCCUUCCGGUGCAGCAGAGCCGCAGCUCCCUUCGGAGGCAGCAAGAGUCCCUCAUUUCUUGAUAUCUGGCAUUGUGCUCCUCCCAUAAGCGGCAUGGAGGGCUCGCUGGUAAGACGUUGCGAGCCGCAGCUCUCGUCGAACACUGCACGGGCUCUCCAGGUCGCUCUGCAUUUUCUUCCCAACACGCAUAUUUUGGGGGGCAACUAAAUUUUAUCUCUCUGGCUGCUGUCCUAUGGCUUUAAGCUUCUUUUGGGGAGUUAUUUGGGUUCGGGCUAUGCUCCGGGCCCGGACCCCUCCCCCAGGACAGCACGCCAAAAUAUGCCUACUAUUUGCCUUCAGAUUAGAUGUAAGGGUGAACUCGUGAAAUGUGGUUUUAUUAACAAAGUUCGGGAGAAGCACGAUCAGAUAAUCAUCCAAUUUGGUACAGGUGCAUCUCGUUUAGCUAAUCAUCUUAUAGCACGCACGCGUAUAUAUAUCCAGUCUUCCUACCUCCUGUCCCACGACAGUUUUUCGGCAACCCUCCUCCACCCCAACUCCUCACUUCUAAUCUAUUUAUCCCAAAUUGGGAUAGGGGGAGUUAUUUGGGUUCGGGCUAUGCUCCGGGCCCGGACCCCUCCCCCAGGACAGCACGCCAAAAUAUGCCUACUAUUUGCCUUCAGAUUAGAUGUAAGGGUGAACUCGUGAAACACGGAUCGGAAGUCUGUUUCUUGCUGUUAGUCUUUUAGUAGUGGUACUAUGCUGUUGCAGUGCGGUAACAGUUCAGAAAGCUUCACCCUUUUGCAUCCUCAUCAAUUCAGAACAGAGGAGUUCUCAGGUGAGCUUUCUCAUCCACUCACCGGACACUUCAGCAUCUCCUCUCUUUUACUGGAGCAAGUGGACUUCAGAGAAACGUCUCGAAGGUUGUUUCAGGAGCAGCGACGGGACACUGGUCACGCGUUAUCGGUCACUCUGCCGUCACGAGCGCGCGCGGGACGAUGAACCAAUGCACUUCAACCUACGCGCGCUGCUGGAGGAUGCCAAUCUGUGUGAUAUGAACAUGCAUAUCAAUUUCACUUUGCACAAAGAAGACAUAUAUCAAGGUCAGCAGAUGGAUUCAAGAGCAAAAAGUCGCCAAAAACGCGCGUGGGUUUUCCCGGGAACACUUUGGUGUGGACGUGGCACCAGCGCCAGUGACUAUGAACAGCUGGGUAUGUUUGUGCAUGCAGAUCGAUGCUGUCGAGAUCAUGAUCACUGUGAACUCAUCAUCCGCUCGUUCUCUGUGGACUUCGGCGUGUUCAACCCCUCUCUGUUCACUCUCUCUCACUGUGACUGUGACCGCAGAUUUAAACGAUGCCUGCUCAAUGGUAAUGACACCAUCUCCAACAUGGUGGGCUACAGUUUCUUCGACGUCCUGAAGCUCCGCUGCUUUGAGCUGAUCCAAAGGAAGAAAUGCACACAGUACAACUGGUUUGGACUGUGCACAGUGGUACAGACAGCACCUGUGGCAGUAUGGAAAGAUUCAACACCGUACAUUUCUACCGCUCUGACUCAUGAGAACAGCGGCACCACUGGCCUUUCAUGCAAUGAAGUCCCAAUGAAACGCUCAAACAGCGGCAAACAAAGAAUCUCUAAACCUAAACGAAUUCAAUUGACAAAAGACCGAAAAACCUGCCCUCCAGUGUACUAUGCAACAGGGGAAACAUUUCAGCUAAGUCAAAAGUUGGUGAGCCAAAUUGAAAAAAGGAAGAAACUACAAACAAAUGGAAAUCGAAAAGGAAGAAAGAAGUCACUCGUUUCCCAAAGGAAGGCAUCCAAAGAAAAGAAAAUGGUAACUCAGAAAUUCAAAAUGGAAACUACUCUUCAAAGCACCCAGAGAACCCCAAAAGCAAGUGUCACUCACUCCCCCUAAAACUAAAUUACUCUCAGUGCAAAAGGCCACUCAGUCCAAACAAUUGACCAUAGCUAAAUCAGGUGCAAGGACACUUAAAAAUACGCGAACAAUAGGUAAAAAGAAAAAGCUCCACAAGGAAAAACGAAUUCAAACCCCGAAAGCAUGAUGAGUUAAGAGACAAUUCCUUAAUGCAUGUACAGAAAGUGUGCAUUAAAUCUGCAUUAAGUGUCAGAAGGUCACAAUAAUCAACUGAAAUCAUUGCUCUUUUAUACACAGUCUGUAAUGACUUUUACAAGCAGGUGCCAAUGAAUAUAAUUAUAAAAACCAUACUAAGCAAUGACACAUGUUUUUAAAUGUAUAUUUACCAACAAACUCAGUAUAUGCACAUACACUUACUGUAUUUGCAUGUUCUAAUGCUGUGAUUAAUGAAAAGCUAAUGAAUUGCAAUAGCUUCUGUAUUAUAAUUUGGACUUAUUUUACAAAUUAAAUAUAUGUAAUUUGUUCUCUAUCUGCACAAUUUAAACAUUCCUAAAACAAGAAAGGCGGGCAACACUGCUAAACUUGUAGGGGCUGUAUUUGAACCACAGCUACAGAUUAGCACAGAUUAGCACAGAUUAGCUGUUUAAGAAUAUAUUGUGUAACCCAGGUUAUAGCAGAAAGAAGCAGACCUGGGUUACAAUGGGCUCAGUGAUAUUAAACAAGCUCACAGUUGCUACAGUAGAAUGCUUUCAGGUAAACUGUAAAAAUACAAUACAUUUGACAAUAUUAAUAUACUGUAGCUCUGUGAUUAUGCUGUAUAUGGUAAUCCAAUUAAGACAAAAUUUGUCAUGGCAUAUUGCCAAGGAAAUAAAGGCAAAUAAAGCAUUUUAUAAUCAACUGCAAACAUUUUCUUAGAGUUUCAGAUAUUUAAUAUAUAGUAGCUGAUAACUUCAUACAUAUAUUCAAAAUGUACUCAUUAAACUGCAUGUGUUUUUGUGUGCGACUGUGCAAAAAAAGUGUAUUGUGCAUCACGUCUGAGAAUUGCAUCUAUUGUUUUCACAAAGUCUAAACUGCAUUUGCAGUUUGAGGAAUCCUCCAGCAGAUGCCAUCAAAAUACAUGUUGUAAAUCCAGAGUAAAAAAAGCGAUUUAAUUAGUCUUGUAAGAAAUCAGUCUUGAAGAGAAAGGGGGAAAAAGCAUUUAAGUCAAAAGAAAUAUCAUUGCAUGCUUGUUUUGUUUAUUGGUUUCAAACACAGAGCCACACAUUACUACAUGAAAUAAUAAUUGUGUCUCAUAAAAUGUCAAUAUCAUUAUAUUUUUGUAAUCAUCUUGGUUAAAAAGGUGAAUUUAAUAAAAGAGUCAAGAACAUAA